AAAUAUCGCCCUCCAAAGUCCGAACCAAACGAGGCAUAAGAAUCACUACAAUCCCCAGAAAGAAAAAAAAGCAGCUGCCGCUACCAUUUCGUCGUUUGCAAUUCACUGAAGGAAUCGCCAUUUCCAAAGUUCUCUUUCUCUCUUCGAUCCUCAGCUAUGGCCGCCACAACGACAGCGCAGCAGAAUCCCGGAAACCAUAUGAAAACCCUAGAUGAGCCGUCAGAUCCCAAGCCAGUGGCUGAAAGCGUUUCCCCUCCCGAUUCCGCACCUGACUCGCCGAAAUCACCGCCAUCUGAUGGUGCCAAAGAGGAAAUCAAGGCGGCGGGAGGAGAUGACAGCUGUCAGGGUAAUGAUAUUCAGAAGAAGAUGAAGCGAGCUGAGCGGUUUGGAAUGCCUGUUCAGCUAUCCGAAGAAGAGAAGCGAAAUUCCCGAGCUGAGAGGUUUGGCACUGGGUCCCCAGUUCAAGGGUCAGAUGCUUUAAAGAAAUCUGAGGAGCAUAAGAGGCAGGCUAGGGCAGAGAGGUUUGGGAUUGUGAAAUCCGACACAACUGAUGAGGAGGCUAAGAAGAAGAAGGCUAGGUUGACAAGGUUUGCGCCACCAGGGAAGACUGAUCCAGUGGAGGAAGAUAAAAGGAAAGCUAGGGCUCUCAGGUUUUCACAACCCCAGCCUGGUUCACAGCCACAAGUAAAUGGCAAAGGAAAUAUUGAGCAGGAAUCUGUUGCUGUGGACAAGGCUGGAGGAGAACCUGAAUGAUCCCUCACUUCGUUAACGAGUUGGUGGUCUUGGAUUCUAAAGUUUUUGUCCUUUCUGUAGCUUAUAUAAAUUUUGGCUUUCGAAUUACUGCAAAAAAGCUUUUCUAGUCUCCUAAAAUAGCAUACUAUGUCUUUCUGGAGAGCACAAGGAUAAUUGAUAACCACCUCCUUGGCGUCAAACUACCGGAAAUGACCCUUAAUCAAUAUUAAAAAUGAUGAAACUACAACCAAAGUAUCCUUCUUGAAGGGUUUGAUUUGACGACUUUAUCAUCAAUCACUCAGUUAUUAAUCUGCUACUAAUGUCACGUUUAUAUUGUAAUGCGUUACCCUUUUGACAUAGAAAAACAUAGAUUCCUGUUGCAUGUCAAGGAUCAACCAGUGAUAGAUUUUUAGUUUCAACUUAUCCAAGUGGUUCAGAGUAGAUUAGAGAUUGCUUGAUGUUAAAACUUAAAUGUUCCCCAAGGUUAGCGGCUUUCAUUGAACAUGCAUUAUUUGUAGGAGGUCCACUUCUUGGGUAUUUGGCUAUUUAAUUCAACCUUAUUGACCCUUCAUUACUCUAAUAGCUGAAGUGGGAAGUGUAGUACAUCUUUUGUUUUCUAGCAGAUAAGCAUUUAUCUUGCACUUAAAGAUCCAUGAUAAUUUGUACUUCUCUUUGAUGCAUCAUAUGUUUUUGGUUUGGCCAUGUUAUUUUUAAUUUUCUUGUUGGGUUCUCUAUAGUUAGAAAGGUAAGACUAGUUAUAUGUGUUGCAAUAUAUAUUUGCUACUAGUGCAUUUCAUGAUCGUGAAUCUUGUAUGCACACUGCUGGAGUUAAAUGAUGGUCAGGUCGUCAAAUCCACAUUCCUUCAAACUGGUCCUUUUUUGGGUUCGCUGUUUUGCUUAUGAAAGGUUCAAUGGUUCAAGAGCUUUCCAAGUUUUCUUAAAAUUUUGAUUUGGGUCGUUUCAGAUAGAUUGACACUAAGGAGGUGUUGUUCAGCUACAUAGUAUCUCCAGAUAAAUCUUGUAGGCUGCAGUCGGUGGCCAUGUAGAAGUAGGUUUAAAAUGUAUUAUGAAGACAUCUAGUUAUGUGUUUGUUCUUGUUAUUGUUAUGGUAAUUGUAAACAACAAUGUUAAUUUAGUUGUGUUUAGUCAUUUGAGCUUUUACUAAAAUCAACCGUCAAUAAUUUUAUGC